UAAUAUAAUUAAUGGAGCGAGGGGUUGGUAAUGAGAAAGUUUGAAUAAUAGGUUGAAUACACGGAAAAAUGAGCUUAAGGGGAGCAAUAUAUUGCGCAAUGGCAGCAGAAAACAAACAAAUCAGCAUGGCGGCCAGUGCUAUAGCUCUCCGAGGAGUUCGCAUAUUCCUCACCGCUGGCAGACAUGUUGCUGGCCAGCAGAAUCAGGCAGCUGCACCGGUUCCCAGGCCUAAGCCGAAGGCGAAGAAAGCGGUGAUAGGAGGCAAGCCACCGCAGAAGGUGUUUGAUUUGCUCCUCAAGACUACGAGGUUUAAUAAGGCCGAGAUAGAAGCCUUGUACACGAUGUAUCGUCGGUUGGUGAUGAGCGCGCAAGCUGCAGCGCCGGCCACUGCCAUUGGACAUUCUCCUAAAAUUGAUGGCAUAGACCAAAGCACCUUCAGAGACGUGAUGCACAACACCUUCGAUCUGGUAACAGAGGAGAACAUUCUAGAACGAAUGUGGAUAACCUGGGAGCGAGGCGCGGCGGGAGGGGAGGGGUCCUUGAGAUUCGAGGCCUGGGUCAAAGGCCUUAGUGUCCUGUUGAGAGGAAACACGGAAGAAAGAAUUGGGUAUUGUUUCAAGGUGUACGAUCUGAAUAAUGAUGGAUUUAUUACGAGGGAGGAGAUGUUUUUGUUAUUGAGGAACUCCUUACUGAAGCAGCCUGGUGACGAGGAUCCUGAUGAAGGAGUAAGAGAACUGGUGGAGUUGGUGCUCAAGAAGUUGGAUGUUGAUAAAGAUGGAACCGUGUCGCUUGAUGAUUAUAGGCUAGCGGUAGAACAAGAGCCCCUACUAUUGGAAGCGUUCGGCCAGUGUCUGCCUACCAAGAGACAUACCACUACCUUCCUCAAGACCUUGACCAACAAGACAUAAGUAGAUUUAUUAAGUUCUACUCUCCGUAGGAGUAUUAGGAAGUUAUAGCUGAUGAAAAGAAAAAAGAAGUUAGUACUAAAAUAAGUUACAUUUAAAUUGUACAGACUAAAUUAGAACUAAGAAUAAGUUUUACAAACUAUGUAAAUAUUGUAAGGAGAAAUAAUAUUUAAGGCAGAUACAAUGAAAUAACACUUUAGUAAAAUAUUUGAUUGCUUCAAUAAAGGACAGAUAAAUAAAAAAA